AUGGCGUGCGGGAUGCUGAAACUGACGGAUGACAGAUCGGACGGCGGCCUGGUGUUCCUACCCCUCGAGGUGGCUGCCUGCAACCACAGCCUGGUGCUGCUCCCGGCGGGCAGGACUUGCACUCGCCACCACGCACAGUGCGAACGCGCGUCGGCGGACAACUACACGUGCUGGUGUGUGGGGGCGGGCGACGCUGUGGCGGCUGGAGCGGGGGCGGCGGUCGCCUCCUGGAACUUCCGGCGCGCGGAGCUGGAGGAGGCGCUGCUGCAUGCCACCAACAACCUCACACUGCUCAGGUGUCCCGGGUGCGCCGAGCCAUGGUGCGGCGCUGCUGGCGAGGACGUGGACGCGCCCUGGGGCGCGGUGCGGCACGCUGUGCUCGCCGUCCAGCUGCUCUGCAUGUUCGCCGCCGUCUCGCUCGCCUGGGUCGUCUUCCGGCAGCGCAAGUGCAAGACGAUAGCUGCCGGCAUGUGGACCAUCCUGGAAACCAUACUACUCGGAGAGUUCCUGUUGUACGCCACGGUGCCGGUGCAGCUGCUGGCGCCGUCCGUCGCGCGCUGUCUGCUGGAGGCCUGGCUGCGCGAGAUCGGCUUCGUCGUCUGCUACGGCGCCAUCAUCCUCAAGCUCUACAGGAUCCUGAUCGAGUUCCGGACGCGCAAGGCCCACCGCUGGGUGGUGCGCGACAAGGACCUGCUCAAGUACCUGUCCGGCAUGGUGGUGGUGGCGCACGGCUACAUGGCCGCCUGGACCGCCUCGACGCUCAACUUCCUGGCCGACGGCCACGAGCUGGUGGCCCGGGGGCGCACGCCCGACGGCCGACACUUCCUCACCUGCCGCGCCCUCUGGUGGGACUACGUCACAGAGGCCGGUGAGCUGCUGAUGGUGGCGUUCGGGCUGCACCUGGGCUUCGCGUCUCGCAACGCGGCGUCGCCGUACGAGGAGCGGCGCUGGCUGUGCGCGGCGCUCUGCAUCGAGCUGGUGGGCUCGGCCGCCUACUACGCGGCGCGCGCCGCCCUCUGGAGCCAGCUGGAGCCGCGCGCCUUCCUGCUGCUCAGCCUUGCGCGCUCCCAGCUCACCGGCACCGGCUGUCUGCUCUGCGUCUUCCUGCCCAAGCUGUGGUACGAGCAGCGGCGGUCGGCGAGCCGCGGGCAGUGCCUGGCGCAGGAGCUGUCGGCGCGCCUGCCGCUCGACGCCUUCCGGCCGGUGGACGGCGUCCCCACCGACGCCGACCUGGCCGAGAUCAACCUGGCCGACAUGAACCCCGACGACAUACGGGCGGAACUGAAGCGGCUGUACACGCAGCUGGAGAUCCUGAAGAACAAGACGAUCCGCGCCGACAACCCGCACAUCUCCAAGCGGCGCGGCGGCCGCAAGGUGGCUCACAGGCGCUUCUCCCUGCAGAAGAAGGGAAGUCGCGAGAAGGCCCUGCACCACCGCCAGCAGAGCCAGCAGCAGCAGGACGCCACCGAGACGGAGGUGUCGCGUACGCCCGAGGACUCGGUCUGCAGCAACGAGGGACCCAGCGCCGUCUACGCAGAGCUCGACCGCGACCUCCGGCCCUGA